AACUUCAUUUCUUCGCCUUUGCAUUUCGACGGGAGACCUGAAAAAGGCGGAAAAAGGCAAUAGAAGCAUCCCGUGGCUGAAUAAAUUCUGUUUAUCAAUCGGCUUCUUCUUGAUCAAGCUCUUCUCUCCCCGACCACCAUACCACAUUGGGUCGGAAAAAAACAUUCCAUCUCCAAUGGGAGUUCCACAGGCCAUGGAAAUUCUCACCCAGAGAGCCGCACUUGUUCGAGAGUCGCUUCAAAAGAGCCAGAAUGUCACCGAGAACAUGGUCUCCAUUCUUGGCUCCUUCGACUACCGUCUCUCCGCCCUCGAAACCGCAAUGCGCCCUACUCAGAUAAGAACUCAUUCAAUUCGGAGGGCGCAUGAAAAUAUUGACAAGACAUUGAAGGCUGCAGAAAGUAUGCUGGCUCAGUUUGAUCUUACACGCAAGGCCGAGGCUAAAAUACUCAGGGGACCACAUGAGGACUUAGAGAUGUACUUGGAAGCAAUUGAUCAAUUACGAAGCACAAAUCGCUACUUUACUGGGAACAAAAAUUUCAAAUGUAACGAAGCUAUUCUUAUCCACACAAGCAACUUGCUUGUUAAAGCAAUUUCAAAGCUAGAAGAUGAAUUCAGACAGCUUUUAACAAAUUACAGUAAGCCCGUGGAACCUGAUCGUCUAUUUGAUUGCCUCCCCAACAAUUUGCGUCCAUCAUCAGCAUCUUCACACCAUGGUGACAGUGGUAGCAAAAAUAACUCUGACAAUCACAACAAAAGCUUAGAAGCUGCCGUCUUCAUUCCACCAACUCUAAUUCCGCCCAGGGUUCUUCCAUUGUUGCAUGACUUGGCUCAACAAAUGAUUCAGGCUGGUCAUCAGCAGCAACUGUUUAGAAUAUACAGGGAUACUCGCGCUUCAGUUUUAGAACAGAGUCUUAGGAAAUUAGGUGUUGAGAGGCUUACCAAGGAUGAUGUCCAGAAAAUGCAGUGGGAGGCUCUUGAAGCUAAGAUUGGGAACUGGAUACAUUACAUGCGCAUUGCUGUCAAAUUGCUGUUUGCUGGGGAAAGGAAAAUCUGUGAUCAAAUUUUUGACGGUGCAGACUCUCUCCAAGAUCAAUGCUUCGCUGAUGUGACUUCAAACAGUGUGUCAGUGCUACUAAGUUUUGGAGAGGCCAUUGCCAGAAGCAAGAGAUCUCCAGAAAAAUUGUUUGUUCUUUUAGACAUGUAUGAAAUAAUGCGAGAACUGCAGUCUGAGAUUGAAACACUUUUUGGAAGUAAAGCAUGUAUUGAAAUGCGGGAUUCUGCAUUGAGCUUAACCACACGCCUUGCCGAGACAGCUCAAGAGACCUUUGUUGAUUUUGAAGAAGCCGUAGAAAAAGAUGCCACAAAAACGGCAGUUCUGGAUGGGACUGUUCAUCCCUUGACUAGUUAUGUGAUAAAUUACGUCAAGUUUCUGUUUGACUACCAAUCUACUUUGAAGCAGCUAUUCCAAGAUUUUGACGCUAGUGAUCCAGAUGCUCAGAUAGCAGUGGUAACUACAAGAAUCAUGCAGGCCCUUCAGACUAAUCUUGAUGGGAAAUCUAAACAAUAUAGGGAUCCUGCACUGACUCAAUUAUUUCUUAUGAACAAUAUUCACUAUAUUGUGAGAUCCGUCCGAAGAUCGGAGGCAAAGGAUUUGCUGGGUGAUGACUGGGUGCAGAUACAUCGAAGGGUUGUGCAGCAGCAUGCAAAUCAAUACAAGCGGAUUUCUUGGGCAAAGAUUUUGCAGUGCCUCACAGUUCAGGCCUCAGGUAGUGGUGGUGGUUCGGGAGAUGCUAGCAGUGGACUUUCAAGAGCUAUGGUGAAAGAUAGGUUUAAGACUUUCAACAUCCAAUUUGAAGAGCUUCAUCAACGGCAAUCUCAGUGGACAGUUCCUGACAGUGAGUUGCGGGAGUCAUUAAGGUUGGCAGUAGCUGAAGUUUUAUUGCCUGCCUACCGAUCCUUCAUCAAGCGUUUCGGGCCUAUGAUUGAGAAUGGGAAAAAUCCUCAAAAAUACAUCAGAUAUUCACCGGAGGAUCUCGAGCGUAUGCUGAAUGAAUUUUUUGAGGGCAAGACAUUCAGUGAGCAAAAGCGCUAGUAGCUUCUCGCAAUGCUCUGUACAUGGACAAAGUUAGAGCAGGCACUCAGCUUUUCUCUUAAUGGUCUUGUUGUGCAUAUGUCAAUUUGCUCUCUCGACCCUACCUCCAACUUAUAGUACAUAGUAGUACAUAGGAAAAUAUUCAAAGUUGUGUUUAUUAAUUGUAUCUCUAGAAUUUUUCAGACCCAUAUAUUAAUCCAUGUCAAUGUAGAAGAAAAUUUCUAA